CCCAAGGGAGGGCGGAGGGAGGGGAGGAAGGACAAGGCGGAGGAGAAGCCUCUGAAAGGAGAAUCUGAUAGCGAAGAUGGAGAUAUGCAGGUCGAAGAUAAGGCUCCUCAAGGCAAGCUGGCAGCUUUCUCGGCGGCCAGCAAACAGCAAGAGAAAGGUAAAGGGAACACCUUCAGGAAUAAGCAGAGAGUGCUCGUCCUGGCGUCAAGGGGUAUUGUCCACAGAUUCAGACAUCUCAUGUUGGAUGUCCUAAAAAUGCUCCCUCAUGGUGCAAAAGAUGCGAAGAUGGAGAGCAAAGAUCGUCCGUCAGUGAUCAACGAGCUUUGUGAAAUGCGUGGGUGUAACGGGGCCCUGUACUUUGAGACACGGAAACACAAGGAUCUGUAUCUGUGGGUAGCAAGAACCCCACAUGGACCAAGCGCCAAGUUUUUGGUAAAGAACAUCCACACCAUGGCUGAACUAAAAUUUACGGGAAACCAUCUUAUGUAUUCACGACCAUUCUUGGUGUUCGAUGCAACGUUCGAAUCUGAGCCAUACCUGCAAUUGUUAAAAGAAAUGUUCAUGCAAACGUUUGGAACGCCAAGAAAUCAUCGCAGAAGCAAACCGUUUGUGGAUCACACCCUUUCUUUCUAUGUACUCGAUGGGCACAUCUGGAUCAGAAAUUAUCAGGUAGCCAAGAACGAGGACACCGGGGAGACUUCGCUGGUGGAGGUGGGUCCUAGAUUCUGUUUACAGCUGCACAGAAUCUUCGCUGGGGCGUUUGAGGGCACAACAGUCUACUCGAAUACAGACUACAUCAGCCCCAAUGUGAUCCGCGCUCGCGAGAAGCUGGUCAAGGGUGGCAAGUACAAGUCCCGCGUACAGGAGAAGAAAGAAGCUAUCCUGCGUCAGCAGACCACGCCCAAGGUUGAGAAUCCUUUUGCUGGAGUCUUCAAAUAGAUUUCAGCUGCCUGACAUGUGAAUUUCAUAUCAUUUCGAACCAUCGAGGUGGUUCACAGAAUUUUAAUGCAUCAGCAUCACUUUGAAUGUCGAAGUCAUAAACGUUUUCAUUUAUUC